AUGUCAGACUCAGCCGCAAAUGCUCCGAAGCCGAGCAGUAGCGUAAAGCUCGUGCUACUUGGAGAGGCCGCCGUCGGGAAGUCGUCGCUAGUACUUCGCUUCGUGAACAAUGAUUUCCAGGAGAACAAGGAACCUACGAUAGGCGCUGCCUUCCUGACGCAGAAAUGCUCCCUACCAACGCGCACCAUCAAGUUCGAGAUCUGGGACACUGCCGGACAGGAACGCUUUGCCUCUCUUGCUCCCAUGUAUUACCGUAAUGCCCAAGCCGCACUGGUGGUAUACGAUAUCACGAAGCCGUCUUCUCUGGUCAAGGCCAAGCACUGGGUGGCAGAACUGCAACGGCAAGCAAGCCCAGGCAUUGUCAUUGCCCUAGUCGGUAACAAGCUGGAUCUGACGAGCGACGGGAGCGGUGGGAAUGCCGAUUCCUCUGCUGGUGCUGAAGCCGAGGCGCCGGGAGCCGACGCUGCAGCCGAGGACGAGGCAGGCGAGAACAACAAUGAAGAGCAGGAAAACGCGACGACGGACGCGAGGAAGGUCUCGACUCGUGAGGCAAGCAGCUAUGCAGAGGAAGAAGGGUUGCUGUUCUUCGAGACAAGUGCGAAGACGGGUGUCAACGUGACCGAGGUCUUCACUGCCAUUGCGAACGCCAUUCCCGAGAGCAGCCUCAAGGGAGCUCGAGGUGCUGGUGCCGGUCAGAGCGGCCUGGGUGCCGGAAGACCGGGAGAAGAGUCGAGGGUCAACUUGGGAGACCGGAGCGUCGAAGCCGCAAAGGACGGCUGCGCUUGUUGA